UACAACAGUGGGAACUAUUUGUUACUUACUUACAAAAUACGUCAUAUUUCUCGGAAAAAUUACUUCGCAUCAGCUUUCGUUCUUUAUCGUCGAUGACUAAUUUUUGAUGGCUCCUCGAUGUCUAUUGAGAUUUCUGGAAUAUUCGCUACAGUGUUAUUAAUAUUCUUGUGAAAUGUGAAAAGUUCGCUUCCUGCAAUGUUUGUAAACAGGGCGAGAUAAUGGCACUCUUAGAUGAGCAUCAAGGUAUCUCUAUCUUCAUUCCUUACUCUGAGGUCCAUUCACUCCAUUCCGUUCGUUUAUUGUACAGUUAUAUUAAUUUGCUCAAGUCAUCACGUGACCUUUUCCACCGUAGGUAGGCUCUGUUCACUCCUGAAACGGAUAAUGGAACUCACCUUUUGUGUAGGUUUGCAUUUGAAACAAAUUUAAGAAGACGAUCGUAAACCUACAAAAACCUAAUGUCCAACUUUUCUUGGUUGGGCAUACCCAUUUUUUGUGCAAAAAAUGAUUAUUAUGGAAUACAUUAUGCUCUGUAUGAGUUUUUAAAAAAAACUUAAACAACCAAUAUUAAACCUACAAACAACCUAAAACAGACGCGUGCCCAACGUCACCACAGUUACUCUCUGUAGCCCUCACGGUCAAAGUUGAAGAUCAUCAAUCCUUAAACAUUACAAUUCGACAACGUCAAAAUUGUUUUCGUACUACCAUUUCGGAAAGACAUAUAGGAUGACUUAGGGAUCAGUUCUAUUAUUCUAUGUGAUGACUUCAGACUUUUGAUGGGUGCAGCAUUAUAUAACAUAGGUACCUAUAGGAAGUGUUGUGACAGAUAUUUUUAUUUGAUUAUUUAGAUACAGCUGAUAUAUUUAAAACAUUUUACACAUUUUAGAUACGUACAUUUGUUCCAGUGUACUGAGAUAUAUACAGAUAUAGAUAUUUAUAUUUUGUAUCUAGAUAACAUAUCGUGGAAAAAGGCUGAAAGGCACUGUAAUUGAGUUUAAAAAAAAUGCAUCUAAUAGUUUGAGUUUGUGUAAAAAGAUGAUAAUUACUUGGAAACAAAAAUUGAUAUUAGCGUUCGAAUGUUGCAAUCGUUAACCUAUUUCACCGAGACCCACUUUUUGUGUAUAAUAAAUUUCAUUUGUGAGUACAAAAAUCGUAGUUUGCCGGGAUAAAUAGAAAGGAACAGAAUUCAAGUAUCACGUAAACUACGUUACCAUAACAACACUACCUAGUACCAUUGACUAAAAAAAAAAGUCAAUGCUAGUACUUAUUGUAUAAUUUUGAAGCGUGGGUAGCAUCCGUUUGUGUCAACAUGUCAUACCACUAGAGCUCUCAGAAUUAGCACGAUAUUUUUGUGGUUGUUUUUUCGUAGGUACCUAUUAAUUUACUUUCAUGUAUGUAAUAUAACGAUAAUUUUUUUAACUUUUUAUAUUUGACAAAAAAUAUGUACAAAAACAAAGUAUCUAAGUACCUAUAAGAUGCCCAGAGAGGUAUAAUGAAAAAUGAAAUUAAAUAUAGUUACCUAGAUCUCGUAACAUUUUUUCAAAAGAAAUCUAGAUUAGGUAACUAGAUACUUCAGAAGUAUCCAUUUACUGUACCUUAUCUAGGUGCAAUGCUAGAAGUAUCUAGAUAUGUAUCAUAACACUGCCUAUAGGUACGUUUUCGUACCUUCUACCUACUACCAUUGAAUACAAAAUUAAGUUUAUUCAAUGCUACUACCCAAUUUUUUACGUACUAAAGUUACACCUUUGUCAAUAAGAAACUAAAAAAGUAAAAAUUAUAUUUUAUGUAUAUCAAAUAAUGUACCUAUAUAUAAAAUCAAAAAUAUAAUGGCGUAAUAUCUUACUAAAAUAUUGGCAAUUUAAUAAUAUGUACCGGACAUUUGCUUGCAGGAAAGAGAUUUUCCUGAGAGUAUCCACGAGGGAAAAACACCAAGUCUUCACCACAUUAUAAUUUAAUUUAUAAAUGGUGACAUAUACUUCGGCAAAUUAUGCCAUUAUCAAAGCCUACAAUAAUUAGUGGACAGCUUUUAGCGAAGUGAUACCUUACACAAUUACAAAACAAAACAAACAUCAAGAACAUUUAUCAAGAAACGUGUGCAUUCUAUAGUUCACAGUCUGGUCUUGAAUCGACUGAAAUAUUUUAAACUGCUCUUUAAUUAAAUUCUGGUAAUUAUCGUGGAAAUGUAAAAUCUUGACAUUCUUAGUAAUGUCAAAGGAGUGAUUCGUCUCCAAAACAUGCGCAGAAUAAUUAGACUCACAAUCUAGUAAAUUAUUGGCCUUAAUUAAUUUCCGGUGUUCAUUUACGCGAUCUGUAAAACUACGGGUGGUCAUGCCGAUACUGUUGCAACUACCACAUUGUAACUCAUACACCCCAGAUCUCGUUAACCUCUCUAAUUUAUCUUUGUUUUUGCAAAAUUGAUUACUAAUAUUAGAAGCCACCUGUAAGCAACAAAUAUUUUUGAUUUACUAAAUUCUUUUUGAAUCAGUUCAGUUCAGAAACCCAAAUGGGGGAUGCUUCCAAUAUAAGUUCUUUUACAAUCCUCAUCUAAUAGUGUCAAUCGACAACAAUUACGUAAAUCUAGUUUAUAUAUAUCUUUUCUUAUUACCUAAAUGAUACGUGACACAAGAUUUGGAUCAUAACCAUAACUGAGUGCUAUCUGUUUGAUUAAACUAAUUUCCUCAUUGAAUUUAUCAAUUUUCAUCGGAAUUUUCAAAGCUCUGUUAAUUAAGGCAUUCAAACCUGCUAAUUUAUGAGCUAAAGGUGUCUUACUAUUGGCAGGAAUUAGGUUAUCUAUCUGUGUAAGGAGGUUUUCUAUAUAGGUACUUGAAAUUCACAUUUAUCAUUGCAAAUUAAUAGCAUUAAUAGUAGAAGAUUCCUACCACAUACGAGUUAUGGAUCAUGUUCAAUUCCAAUUUUCCUGAGAGGUUUGAUAACAAAUUGAAUAAUAAUCCUUGAAUUUGUGCAAAGCAAUAACACUCAAUUCUUAAUGUCAUAUCAGUACCUACAUAUUUCAAUAAAUGAUCUUGAAACUGCAAUUAGGUGCUAUAUAUUGACACAGGUUUGUGUGAAUUCUUCACACCGUUAUCGUAAAUUGUGAGAAAAAAUGAAAUUAAGUCUGGGUACGGUCAUUGACAAAAGUAAUGAUCGCUUAAUAGGUAAAUUGUGCAGUAUGAGGAACCAACAUGUCUAUCACAUCGGCCUCCGUCGAUUUCUUCAGGGAGAGAUACGUUACUUUGGUGGUUGCCAGUUGCACAAUAUAUUCAAAUGUUAGUUGCUUUACCUAUUCGGCGAUUAUUACUUUUGUCAGUGAGAGUACAAACAUGCAUUCUAAAUAAUGGUUAAAGUAACAAUGUCAUGAGAAAAAAAGUUUUAAAACGCCAGUAUCGCAAAGAUUUCAAAUAAAUCUUAUCUGGCGAUAGGCCGUGAAAUUCUAUUAUCUUUGUUCUUGUUUGAUGGUUUAUAUACCUACAUGUAGAAAGGCCCCAAACGUGUUACAAUAUCCUAGUCUCAUUUGAACAUUUCGCGUAAAUUGAAUUGCAUUUUUUUUUCAAAUAUGAUCUGUACAGUUUUACGGUUGAGUACAAAAAGAUGCUAUCCGAAAUGGUCCUCGAAUUUAACAAGAUCUUGUUCAACACUGGAUCCAACUCAGGUAAAAUUAUUAAACGAGAUGUGCUUUCUUGUGGAUGACAACGAUAAAGUGAUUGGCACAGCUACCAAAAAAGAAUGCCAUGUUGUAAAAGAAGACGGUUAUCUCCCUCUACACAGAGCUUUUAGUGUCUUUUUGUUCAAUAAAAAAGGAGAUUUGUUAAUGCAGAAACGAGCUGAUACUAAAAUUACCUAUCCUGGUUAUUAUUCAAAUUCGUGUUGUAGCCAUCCUCUAGCAAGUGUCUCUGGGGAGGAUGACGUCAAUGAUGCUUUAGGAAUUAAAAAAGCUGCUAUACGACGGCUUAAUUAUGAACUGGGAAUUCCCCGAGAUCAUUUACCAUUGGAUCGAUUUGAAUAUCUUACACGAAUAAAAUAUAAAGAUCAGGGAGAUGGUAAAUGGGGGGAAUACGAAAUCGAUUUCAUACUCUUUUUCCAAGAUGAUGUUAAGCUAAAACCUAACCCAAAUGAAAUAUCUGCAAUUGCUUAUGUUCCUAAAAGUGAAUUUAAGUCGUACUUGCAUACGCUCGAUGGUCCUUUGACUCCCUGGAUGCAGCUAAUAGUUAAAAAACGUUUGUCUGUUUGGUGGGAUAAUUUGCACGAUUUAAGUAAAUUUAAAGAUCAUAAGCAAAUAUUGGAUCUGUCCUAAUUAUUAUUGUUAUUAAUCAUGUGGCAUUUUAUUGUGGUCAUAAUUAGAAUUAAGGCAUAACUUAAUGGUCAGUUUACCUCUUUACGUGAAUAGCAGGUAAGGAUUGCACUUACGCUAUACAGGGUGUAGAAUUAAUACGGACAACCUUGGGGUAUUAAUGAUAAUUAAAUAUCUUAAUAUUUUCUUCUUUAUUGAACUUACACUUCAAAAUGCAUUACACGAAGAUGAAAUUUUAAGCCCAAUUUAAUAGGAACAAAAUAUCGCCAUACUCCGAUUUUAACAUUCCUAUGUUGCAUGUAUUGGCUUCACAUCCUUUAAGUAUAUGUUGUGAUCAAUUUAUUAAACUUGAUUUCUAGUUUAAAAAAUG